AUGUCAUCCUCCAGAUCAUUGUUGUUGACUCAACUCGUCGCAACAUGUUGUUUCUUGUUAUUCUGUUAUUCAACAACAAUUACUUUCGCCAAUGCCCAAGAUUUAACUGGUUUAACAAAGUGUGCUAGUUAUGGAAACCAUUUUAUUCAAUGGACUAUUUCUAAUAGAGCUGAUGGUACUCCAUACUUACGUGCUCGUUAUAUUAAAAAAGGAGGUUACAAUGGUUGGGCUGCUUUCGGAUUUAGAUAUGGUUACGCUUGGUCUCAACCUGUUGCUGAUCCAGACAAUCAACAACAACCAGACAAGAUGGGUGAAGACACUAAUCCAUCUACUCUCUACAUGGUUUACAGAAAUCCACAAACCGAUGCUCACAAUUUUUAUGAAUUGAUGGCUACUGCAAGUGACACUCCAUCAAAUGUUGCUAUUGCUGAUUAUGCUACUUCUAACGUUACAGUUCGUUCCUCCACCACCACUGGUCAUAUUCACUUGUAUUUUGAACGUGAUUUGGUUGUUAAGAAGGGUUCCAAGAAUUACUUUAAUUUCAAUGCUACUAGAACUGAUUGUAAUCUCAUGUUUGCUACUGCUGAUAAUGCUGCAAUUACUAGUAUUAAUGAUUUUGCCAAUUCUCAACACAAUUCUGCCAAGAUUUUAAAGUAUAAUUUCAUUUCUGAAACUGGAAUUGAUGCUGGCUCUGUUUCUCGUAGUUGUGCUGAUUCUGUUUAUGCAAGUGCUAUGCCUGCUUAUCGUACUCCAAAGGUUAUUGUUGAACCAAGUUAUGGAAAUACCAAGAAUGAGGCUCCACUUUCUCAAUCUAUUUUCCUCGUUGCUUAUAUUUUGGGAGCUAUGGUUUUGGGCUUGUUUGCUUACUUUUAA